AUGACGGAGGAAAUAACCGGCGAUUGGAGCUACUACGUGUAUAUAUCGCUGACGCUGGUUCCAGUCUAUUUGGCAUUUCGGCUCAUUAAGUCACUGGGCUGGCAGCUCUUCGUCAACAACUGAGCAAACAUCUGUGACCCGAAACUGAAGCUGAAGCUGGAGCUAUAUAUGUGGCUCAAACUGAAACUGAAGUUGCAGCCGUCAUCAGGGGAAUCCGUCGUCGUGGGAAAAGGAAUAGUCGAGCGGCCAAAGUCGUUGAGGUGCGUAGUCACUUGAGGUUGCCAGUCAGAAGCGGUCGAGUGCCGAAAGUCGAGUGUCGAUAGUCGAGUGCCAAACAUUCAAAGUUGCAGCGAAUACCAGCGAAAAGGAAGCGUGCUAUCAGUGUAUAUAUAUUUUGUAAGAAUGCAAUAAAUGGAAAGCCAGGACUAGAAGACGGCAGCACGAGAAGAGUGGUAUAAAGGGGAACCUGCAGCAGCUGCUAGGAUUGCCAGGACUGUCAGGACAGCAAGGACUGCCAGGAUCGUGUUGUGUUGUGCUGCGUUGUUGGCCAAGCCGCGUUGUUGUUGCUGCUUCUGGCUGGCCAAAAAGGAGCAAACAAAAGGCGAGGCGAUGCAAAGCAAUCAACGUCAUAAGCAGGAGCAGCAGCAGGACCAGAACCAGAACCAGCACCACAAACAGAAACAGGAACAGAGA